CAGCAACAACAAACUCCUUCGGCAGAGGAACUUCUCGAUGUUUGUUUUGUUUGAUCGGUUAAAGUCAGCCUCCGAAUUUGGGUUAUAAAUUUUCUGAAUAGUAAAAUAUUUAAAAUUAAAAUCGUAAAACGUAAAAUUUGAAAAAUGUACGAGGCCAUUUACAAUGUGGCCGUCACCGUCAAACGUUUCAAAAUGUUCCCGAUAUUCGAGGUGGCCCACUACAUCCUGACCUGCCUUUCGGUUAGGGAGUACACGAUGAAUCUUAGCAAAGGUCAAAUAUCGAAAGAUUCUCAGGUUUUGUUUUCGAGGGCCCAUCCACUCUGUGACUGGUUCGGUAAUCUGCUGAUGUGCUUUGCCGGAAGUUUCCUGGGAAAUUUUCUGCUUGGAGAACCUCUCAUUACUCCGUUACAAAACACCAAAGAGAUUGUAAUCAUCACCGUAGUUUGGUACCUUAUAAACUAUUCACCUUUUGAUGUUUUCUUCAAUUUCAUCAACCUUCUGCCGGUUAAGUUUAUUCUGAAUCUGUUAAAAGAGGUCAGAAGAGUGAACAAAGUGGAUCAAGGAAUUAAUUUUGCCUUGAAAGUCAUGCCUGACACCCACAUUGUACCCCUUGCGUUUGGAAUACUCAAAGGUACAGCGACCAAUCACAUGAAGGUAUUUCACAGACUGACAUGUGGGGUGUGGCAGCCCUCAUCUAUUGAACUCCUCAAUCCAUCAAUAGUCACCAAAACAACUUUUCUUGGUGCCUUGCUGCUCUUCCUCCACAGAUCUGGCCAUCUCUCGUUCAUCCCAGAGCCCAUCCUCUACCUCUUCAUCGUCGUCUUCUUCCUCAACAUCAAGUUAUUAUCCUACUUCAAGGUCGAUCCUUUUGUACCCGUGGAAAACCUUCUGGGUUGUUUAUUCACCGGGGGAGUAUUAGACUCCCUAAAGAGGGCCGUCCAACAAACAUCGACCGGCGUGGCGGGUACUCGAUUGGGGAUAAAUAUUUCAGAGUCAGCCAGUGGAAAUGUUCCUGGAGGUCCUGGGGCGGCUGGCGCCCAAAAAGAGGAUGGGGCUGGCGGUAAUUCUGCUGGUAGUGCCGGAGUGAAGGCAAAAAAGGAUGAUUAGAGUUUUUCAGAGGAAAUUUUUUUUCUUUUGAUGCUUAUUUUUUUUCUUUGCCUUCAAGUUUUUGUUUAGCCUGGUUUUUAUUUUUCUUUCAAAGUCUGUCAUUUUUUGUUUGAUUUAUUAAGUUUAUUAGUUUUUGUUCAUUCAUUCAUUUAUUUGUUUGUUUGUUUAUUUAUUUAUUUUCCACUUGUUUGUUGUUUCUUUAUUUGACUUGUAAGUUCAUGAUCUCAUUUAUCAGUUUCAUCACAAUUUUUUUCUUUAAAAUUGAAAAUGAAAUUUACAUAUUCUGUUGUUUAACAUUAUUUCGUUUCGUUUACUGAAAUUGUUUUUUUUUUUAAACAAAAUUAUCCAUUCUAACAAGUGUCUUUAAGAGGAAGAAGAAAGGGUUUUUAAAAAUGUUCAAAUUUCGUUUAAUCCGUUAUCUUGUAUACUGCAUGUAGUGAAUUGGAUUUGACUUACCUACCUACAAUCAUAUUUUUGGAGUGAUUUUAAUAAGUAGUAUUAGCAUGGAUUAUAUAUAUAUUCAUGAGUAUUAGCGAAAAUACUUUUGAGUGUUACCGAAUUUGUUUUCACUUCUCUCCUAUAAUUUUUCUUUCAACAUGUUUCUCCUUUCGUGACAAGUUAGUUCUGUUUUUCAAUCCAAGAUUGUUCGAAAUUUUUUGUCGGUUUAAUUUUGAAAUAAGUUCUGACUGGUUAGCCAAGUACUGACUAAUUAAUUAAUUAACUAGCUAAUUUGUCUAUUGUUAUUAUUGUGACUUAAUAUUGAUUAUUUUUGAUGUAAUGAUAAGUUAAUGAUAAGAUCACAGACUUCACCAGAUUGCAAGAGUUUUAUAGAAUCCAAUCAAUCAGUCAAUUAGCAUUAAUCACAACUUAAUCACUCUAAUCAAAUCAAUUAUAUUUCACGAUU